GGUUUCUUGCCACUGAAAGCUCGGAACGGGUGGGUGCUGAAGAGGGCUGGGGCCUGAUGAUUUCUAGGGUCCGGGUCCGCACCGUGGAUGAGGCUGGGGGGCGGGAGAGCCGUGACCUGAGAGGCGACCAAACGGUCAGCCCCACGAGCGUGCACUGGGCAUCCAGAGCACGCAGUGGACGCUCCGCUGCGGAAGGUGCACCAGCCUCUCCAGACUGUGGAAGGAACCGAAGGGAAAGUUCUGAGGGGCGUGCUAGCCGCUCUGGGCUGGGCUGGCUCCUGGCAUCUCCCGGAGCCGCAGAACUAGAAUGACUGACUGGGCUUCAUCCAUAAGUUGCACGUUUCCAGCUCUGCGAAUAUUUCAACAAAAUUGACACAGGUGUAUUAAAAUAGAGCUAACAAGCAGAGUUUCUGAGUCUUCACUGGCGAGGAGAAUUCUCAAAGCUCCUAGCUAUGCGUCUCUCUGUAUUGCUGGCCUUGGCAUCCAAGGUCACUCUGCCCCCUCACUACCGCUAUGGGAUGAGCCGCCCAGGUUCCCUGGCAGACAAGAGGAAGAACCCCCCAGGGACCAGGCGGCGCCCCGUGGUUGUGGAACCCAUCUCUGAUGAAGACUGGCAUCUGUUCUGUGGGGACAUGGUGCAGAUCCUGGAAGGCAAGGAUGCGGGGAAGCAGGGCAAGGUGGUUCAAGUCAUCCGGCAGCGGAAUUGGGUAGUCCUGGAGGGGCUGAACACGCAUUUCCGCUACAUUGGCAGGACAAAGGAUUCUCCGGGAACCAUGAUCCCUAGUGAAGCCCCUUUGCUGCACUCCCAGGUCAAACUUGUGGAUCCUGUAGACAGGAAACCCACUGAGAUUGAGUGGAGAUUUACGGAGGCAGGAGAGCGAGUACGAGUCUCCACAAGAUCAGGAAGAAUUAUCCCCAAACCUGAAUUUCCCAGAGCUGAUGGCAUUGUCCCUGAAACAUGGAUUGAUGGCCCCAAAGACACAUCAGUGGAAGAUGCUAUGGAAAGAACUUAUGUGCCUCGUCUGAAGACACUAGAGGAAGAAGUGAUGGAGGCAAUGGGGAUCCAGGAGACCCGGAAACACAAGAAAGUCUAUUGGUAUUGAGUCUGGGGAAGACAGCUUCUCCGGCUCUUUAUCUUAGCCUUGAAGGCCAAAGCACUAUUUUCAGACACCAAUAAAGUGCCGUUAGUCUUCC